GGCCCAUGGGCUUUGUGGGAUUUAAAGCCCCCCCGGUCAUUCGAGGCUGUCGCAUGCUCAUCCAUCUCCUUUGUCUGGAAACGAGAGGAUGGGCCGCCGGAAAGCCUUGCUCAUCGGCAUCAACUACAUGGGCUCGCAGCACCAGCUGCAGGGCUGCGUCGACGAUGUCAACAACAUGGCCGAGUUCCUGGCGUCGCGGGGCUUCUCCAACCACCCUGCCAGCAUGGUCGUCCUCACCGACAUGAACGACCCCCGCGGGCCCUACUUUCCCACUGCGCACAACAUCCUCGCCGCGAUGCAGUGGCUGGUCAGUGAGCCCGGGAGUAUGUGUUUCUUGCACUACUCGGGCCACGGCGGUCAGGUGCCGGACGAGGACGGAUCCCAUACGAGUGGCUUCGCGGAUACCAUCGUCCCCGUCGACUUCGAGAGGACGGGCCAGAUCGAUAGCUCGACCCUGCACCGUGCCCUGAUCAGCGCCCUGCCGCCGAACAGUACGCUGUUUAUCCUGUUCGACUGCUGCCAUAGUGGUUCCGCGGUGGAGUUGCCCUUCGUAUACCGGACCGAUAAUGACGGCAAUGUCAACCUCAUGGACAACCUGAGAGCUGGCGCCGAAUUGAUUGGCGAGGCAUCGCACCUCAUCCGCGGCGACUUCGCCUUCGACGGCUCGGGCGAGGCGCGCCACCUUCUCGCCGGGGCGACCUCGUUCUUCCGCAGCCUCAAGCACCAGUACGACGGCGACUACGAGGAGGGUCUGCACGGCGUGGGCGAGUUCGAGGACGACUGGGGGCCCGAGAACAAGUCGGUCUUCAUGUUCUCGGGCUGCAAGGACGAGCAGACCUCCGCGGACGCUUUCAUCAACGGCCGACAUGUCGGAGCCAUGUCAUGGGCGUUUCUCGAGACCAUGAAGACAGAUGUCUACUGGAACAUUUCAUACGUCCAGGUACGGUGGCCUUUUACCCUAUUUUCUCUCCGAUGCCGCUCGAUUUACCUAGCGGUGGUAGCUAUAUAUCCUUUCCAGCGCCCCAGUGCCCAGUGCCAGUGCUAGUGCUAACGACAGGGCUCGCUCCACCUGGGGCCUUUUUCCAGAUCUUGCAAAACACCAGAGCCCUCCUGCAGCAGCAUUACUCCCAGGUGCCCCAGCUGUCGUGCGGUUACCAGUUUGACUUGAACAAUCCGUUCCGCAUAUGAUGAUAAUGAUGAUGAUGACGACGAGAUUGAGAAUGCUUUCAAGGCUGGGGUGGUGGGUGGUAGGGAGGAGUUCUGGUGUUCCAACUUUUGGCCAGAUAUCAAAAGGUCGGACACAGCUAUAGUCGGGAACCACAAGCUUGUCGGCGUCGAGGGGCUUGAUCUGAGGUUCCGGAUUUGCAUUGCGAUGGGGGACUGUGUGCCCAGAUACCGUGUUGUUCAUGACGAUAAAAUCAAAAUAGAUUGAAAAGCUGUCCAAGAGGCCGAGGUCAUUGUGUCGUUGCUGGCAAAGGGACCGGCUUGUUAUAUACAAACUCCACAUUCUCGGCUUCAAUGGCUCACCGACGACAUACGCCGCCGCAGAGGCUGCAAGGGCCUAUUUAUGUGAGAGAAAGAUACAGUCUGAUAGAGAUGGCAUUCCUUGGCUG